UUAUAUCAGAGCGCAUUAAACUCCCAAGAAAAGGUGUUUAACAGUCAAGUGUUGGAAAAUCGCUUCUGUCUAAAUUGCUUAGCUGGGGAGUCGGACACAAUGUUUCAUUACCUUGGAUCGGUGCCCAGGUGUGUUGGUUGAUGAUCACCAAUCAUAGACAGGUACUGAUGGGGGGAGAAAAGGGUGAGGCAGACGUAGCGUUUCACGCAGAGGAGCAGCGCUCGAGCACACUGUCAUCGCGGGCAACAACGUGGUUUCCUGUGUGGAAGCGAGCAGUUUGGACUAAGAAUGUUGAAAGACGCUGACACGGCUCACUGCUGAACUUGACAUCAAUGGGAAUAUAAUCGAAGAAACUGAAUUCGGAGGAAGAUUCAUGUAACGGAUGUUUGUCAUGCUCCCAAAAAGCAAGGUGUAGGAUCAACUAACAUUUGAUCCAAGGAAGAACAAAGAAACAGAGUGGUGCUUCAACGAAAGCACAUUCUGUGUUGGGUGACUGCCCACCAUUUCCUGUAGAGACCAACAUCCUUUCUUGCUUCUCAACUGUUGCCUUCAUUUAACCGAGCUGUUCUAAAAUGAGAAAGACGUAUACUAAAUUCCUCAUCUUAGCAGUAGCUAGCAGCCUUUGCUUAGUCAUAUUCUAUUCCCAACUAAGGGAUGUGGAACUCACACAAAGAGAUUUGGCCAGAAACCCUUCGGUUACAACUGCCACUCCUAGAAAACCCACAACUCUAGUCAUAAGCACCAUAAAAAAGAAAGCCAAAAGUGUUAUGCAAGUUGAACUUCCACCCCUUACUAUUUCUGAGGAUUUCAGAAAAGACAUUCCCAAAAAUGGUGCCUUCUGGAACCGGAAACUUCAUUCUCUCCUCAGGCAGUUUGACUCGACAAUGAACAAAACGCGCAAGGACCCACAUGUCAAGUUUCACUGUCAAUCUGAGAGUUUUGAGUUGCUACAAACCAACAUUCAGGAUAUUCAGUCGUAUCCUCCUCUUUACGGAGACUUCCUUAGAGGCAUGGAGUGUCGAAACCCACCACUUCUUCAUGAUCAGCCUGGCAAGUGUGCGUCGGAUCAAAUUUUCCUUCUCUUUGCAAUCAAAUCCAUCCCAAAGCACUUCGAGAGGCGCCAAGCAGUCCGAGAGACUUGGGGAAGGGAAGGGUCGUAUGAAAACGGACUUCAGGUACGAACGGUCUUUCUGCUGGGUCGAUCAUCUGCGGAUGAUCCCACUCUCGACAAAAUGGUUUCGUUUGAAGCUCAGCAGUUUCAAGACCUGCUCGUUUGGGAUUUUCACGACACCUUUUACAACCUGACUCUCAAGGAGCAUGUGUUCUUCAAGUGGAUGAUGGAUCACUGUCCUCAGGUGUCUUUCGUUUUUAAGGGCGACGAUGAUGUUUUUGCCAACACUCAAGCGAUACUGAAUCAUCUGAAGUCUCUGGAGCCCGAACAGGCCUUGUCGUUGUACACUGGGCAGGUCAUUUCUGAGGCCACGCCGUUACGGGACCCUAAGAUCAAAUAUUAUGUUCCUCAGUCUUUCUAUGAAGGUCCUUACCCUCCUUAUGCUGGCGGCGGUGGAUUCCUCUUUUCUGGAAACCUUCUCCCAUCUCUUCACCAUGUUUCCUUUUACAUACCCUUCUACCCUAUUGAUGAUGUCUACACCGGGAUGUGCUUUAAAGCAAUCGGAAUCACUCCGACCAAACACGAUGGUUUCAAGACAUUUGACAUUCGGGAACAAGAUCGAGAGAACCCCUGUGUGCACAAAGACUUGCUCCUGGUGCACCAACGCAACCCUCAGCAGACCAUGAGACUGUGGAGAAAUAUGCACAGCUCCAUGUUGACCUGCUGAUAUGUUUGGUAAACUGGUAAACGGACCAUUAUUAGACCAUUUAGCUGUUCUGCUUGAUAAAGGCCCAUGUUGAAUAAGAAUAAGCUGGUAAAAAAAAUACUGUGCAUUAAAGUACCUUUUCAAGACAUUUGAGACUCUGGAUGAAGACUAUUUUUGGUUAGUUUUUACUUGAGUUGAAAUGACUUUGGUUUGUUUCAUUACUUGAAAGAAAACUUAUGAUGGUGAUGAACACCAUUUAUGUUUCUGUGCAAUUGACACUGAGCUCUUUAUAGGUUAACUUUUAAGGCAAUGUUUCCCAACCCUUCCCACCAACACUAUGCAUUUUUGAAUCUGAUUCAACUCAUCUGCUCCUUCAAGACCAGAAAUAGAUGGGUCAGAUAAGGAAGACAUUGAAAAUGUGCACUGUUGGUGUGCCUCCUGGUCGGAAAACACUGCUUUAAGGGAUAGAUCGCCCAUAAUUACUCAUUUUGUCCUGCAGAACACUGAUAUUUUAUAGAUUGUUUCAGCUGAAUCAGAAAUUUGGUCUAAUCUUUCAAACUCCAAAAAGGAUUGUGUAAAAUUAAUCCAUCUGACUCCACUGGAAUAUCAUGUUUUCUGAAGCGACAUAAUCACGCUAUAUAAAGAAUGGAUCAAAAUAGACGUCUAUCCUCUUUUGUGUUUCACGGAAGAAAGUAUCUGGUGAACUUCCUUUAUCGAAUGUCAAACCUCUGGUUUUCACAUUUCUUAACAUUUGGUCACAUUUUGAUUCACAUGAUUCCCCUUUGUCGAUGUUGCAACUGUUUCAAGCUGCUCACGUGAAUUCAUCAACCGAAAAUUGCUUGGUUUUAAAAAGUGACUUCUGUGUGAUCUGUGCUUCAUAAUUUCCUGCACUAUUAAAAAUAAACUAUGAACCUUA